GUCUACAUGCAGCUACCUUGACACUGUUAGCUCAACCUGCCGUCGGACGGAAACGGAGCAACAGUGACCAUGCAGGUAACAGGUGAACUUUAAAAACGUUCCUGACGGGCACUGGGCAGGAAACCGGUCUGACUGGCAGCUCGUGUUGCCCUGAAGGAUAACCGGGACUUUGGUUAGCUUUGGGCUGCUAAUGCUGCACAGAGUCCACAGGUCAGAGUCCAGCAGAGAUCCUGGACCUGAAGGAGGGCAGCUGGAAACCCUGAAACCACAGACAGACAGGGUUUCACAAAGCACGGGGCACUGGAGAGAUUUGGCUGAUUUGCCUCCAAAAUAACAGAAAAUAUUGGAGUUGUGCAAAGCAGUGUGCGUCUCUUGGCCUGUUUGCAUCCGAUCAUUGUAAUAAUAAUGACACACAGGGCAGUCUGUGGUCAGAACACAUCUCAUCACAGGCGACUGUUUAAAAUGAAACCACAGACUGAUGUAUUAAACAGUUUAAUACUUUUUUUAAUCGCCUGUUGAUCCACUUUCAGCAGGUUUUUUCCCUCAUGCUGCGUUUUUAUGAUAUCAAGCUCAAAUGUUGUGAAUAUCUUUCAUAAUAUCCACAAUUUAUGCUGUAAAAAAUCCAGAAAUUGUUCUAGAAAUGUGAAGUUUUUAGAUGAUGAUGAUGAAAUGAAUAGAAACUGGAGCAGCUUUAAUUAUUAGUGCCUCGUUUAAAUAAAGGUCUCACUGUUGGUCAUCAGCUGGAACACAUUCACCGUCUUAAACUGUCCUGUUGAUGCUCAUCACACUUCAUUGUGCAGCUUGUGUUGGUGUAGGAGUGUGUGUUUGUUUCCACUGACACACACAGACACACAACUAUGAGUGAUCCUGCCAGUGUGCUGUCAGGUUGCUGUGAGUCUGUCUGUGUGGUUCAGCCUCAGAGGAAGCUGAUCAACUCGGUGGACGCCUGUGUGGAUGAAGCCCUGUGGGGUCUGGUCCGGGCCUCGGGGGGCCUCAGCCUGCUGAGGGGUCACAGGGUCGUGGUCCGCUCAGACCUCCACAGCCUGCGGGGGAAGGUGGCCCUGGUGUCUGGAGGAGGCUCCGGACACGAGCCGGCACACGGAGGCUACGUCGGUGCUGGGAUGCUGUCAGCAGCAGUAGCAGGAGGAGUGUUUGCGUCGCCGCCUCCCGCCAGCGUCCUGGCUGCCAUCCUGUCUGUGCACGCUGCAGGAGCCUCUGGGGUCCUCCUCAUCGUCAAGAACUACACCGGAGACAGGCUCAACUUUGGACUGGCUGCAGAGCAGGCCCGUAACCACGGCGUCGCUGUCGACAUGGUGAUCGUUGCCGAGGACUGCGCCUUCGACCGACCCAGUAAAGCCGGGAGACGAGGCCUGUGUGGCACCGUCUUCAUACACAAGCUGGCCGGCGCCCUGGCAGAGGAAGGCCGCCCACUGGACCAGAUUGUCUCCACGGUGACGGAGGUGUUGAAGGGGAUCGGGACUCUGGGGGUCAGUCUGUCUCCCUGCAGCGUCCCAGGAUGCCUGCCCUCAUUCGACCUGCCGCCUGGAGACAUGGAGCUGGGCCUUGGGAUCCAUGGGGAACCUGGGAUCAGAAGGUCAAAGGUGGCCUCUGCAGAUGAAGUGGUGAAGACCAUGAUCGACCACAUGACCAACCCUGACAGCCAAUCACAUCUGCCGCUGCAGUCAGGAGACACUGUGGUUCUGUGUGUGAACAACCUGGGAGCUCUGUCCUGUCUGGAGAUGUCUGUGGUGACCGGAGCCGCCCUCAGCUGUCUGGAGAGCCGUGGCGUGGUGGUCACCAGGGUGAUGUCUGGUUCGUUCAUGACGUCACUGGAGAUGGCGGGAGUGUCGCUGACCCUGAUGAAGACCAACCAGGAGGUCCUGAGACUGCUGGAUGCUCGGACCAGCGCCCCCGCCUGGCCCAACCUCAGCGCCGUCAGCGUGAGCGGACGAAGCUGCACCACAGAGGCUCCGGUCCUGAGCACCAAACCACAGGAGGACGCCCAGGACCAAGGGCCGCUGAGUCCAGUGAUGCGUGAAGCCCUGGAGAAGGUCUGCUCCACGCUGCUGGACAAGCAGGAGGAACUGAACUCUCUGGAUCGUGCAGCGGGGGACGGAGAUUGUGGCAACACUCACGCCCAGGCAGCCAGAGCCAUUCAGGAGUGGCUGCGGGGUCAUGUGGUCCCCGGUUGCCCGGGGCGACUGCUGGCGGUGCUCGCCGGACUGGUGCAGGAGAAGAUGGGCGGGUCUUCAGGAGCGCUCUACAGUCUGUUCCUCACCGCCGCCGCCGGCCACAUGACCGAGGGGCGGAGCCACGCUGCAGCCUGGGCCGCCGCAAUGCAUGCUGGGACGCAGGCCAUGAGAAGGUACGGCGGCGCUGAUCCAGGAGACAGAACCAUGCUGGAUGCUCUGUGUCCUGCCGUGGACGAGCUGAUGAAGCUGAAAACGGCGCCGCCUGGUGGACACAUGGCCAUACUACAGGCUGCUGCACAGAGAGCCGCCUCGGGGGCGGAGUCGACCCGUGACCUCACAGCGAGGGCGGGCCGAGCCAGCUACAUCGCGGCCGAGCGCGUCACGCUGCCCGACCCCGGCGCCGUGGCCGUGGCUGCCAUCUUUGCUGCUGUCCUGGAGGCGCUGCAGGGGUAGGAGAGAGACAGGACGCUGGACCACCAGAACCAGAACCACACGACCACAUGGUCACUGUUAAGAGACAAUGAAGCUUCAGACGCUGUAAACCUAGAACCAACAGGGUCCGUAUUGUAAUGUGAUUACUUCUGAUUAACGGGCUGGGGGGGGGUUAGACGUCUGAAUCAUGACGUGAACGUUCCUGGUUUGUACUGAUGACACCAGGAAGAGAUAAACUAGAACAGACUGAUGCUGGUGCUGGAACACAAACAUGUUCACGGUCAUAACCACUGACUAUAAUCCAUAAUAACAAUAAUGAUAAUAAUAUAAUCACUGACUAUCUUACUGACGUUAACCUCUGACAGUGGGCUGUAGGCGUGUGAUGAUUUGGUUUAACAUGUUUGAAGCAGGUUUUACACGUAAAGGGACCAAACUGAGGGACUCACUGAAGACAUUUGGGCACAUUGGUGAAAACAGCAGCAGCUCCAACUUCCCACAAUUCAUACAUAACGAUGCACAAACAUUAAUUAUGCCUGUACACUCCACCGUUACUCAGUAACUACAGAACAUCGACCACAACGGUUAGAAACGUUUGCUGUGACUCGGUUCAGAAUCAGUUAAAUAUCGUCAACAAUCACGACUCCAGAAUCGUCCACAGCGGCUUUAAAAUGAGUCCAAAACGAUGAGAAGAUUAUAGAUUAGUCAGAACCAGGUCCAGUGUUCAGACGGAGACACCUGGAUGGAUGUAGAACUGAUCUGGUGUCAGGUUCUAGCAGAACCC